GAACUGAGCCUCUACUUUGGUCUAUCCUCUUUGGAAGUGUCUUUGAGUGCACCAUACUCUGUUUUGCGAACGCGCCUUCUGAUUGAAAACUACACAAUGGUUUAUGUUUCGGUCUGAAAAACAUACUUUUCUUAAUUGUUAUCGUUUAUUAGCACUCUAUUGCCAUAAACUCGUGUGAAGAUUUUUUUAAGGCUUCAAGUAUGUUAGUUGGUUCGGUGGUGAUCUUGUUCAUUUGUUCAAUGCGAGACAUCUAACCGAAGUGGUUCUCCUGUGAAAUUGUCAAUGAAUUUCUUAACCUCUUUUUCAAAGUCAUUUUGUUUACCCUGUUUAUUGUCAAUCCCAAUCAGGAGUAGAGUGUAAUAAUGGAUGUAUCAUCGACAUCUAGUUUAAAGCAAGCAAAUUUAUCGCUUAGUAAUGAUGGAUUUGGAAAUAUUUCUAUGGAAUCGUCGUCGAUGGACUCAAUGGGAACCAAAAGGCGCAGCUCAUCUCGGACAAUAAAACGUAAAAAAUUUGACGAUGAGCUCGUAGAGACAACCUUCAACCUUCAGCCACCGACGACGAGUGGAAAAUCUACUUCAAAAUCGAGGAGCAUGUCUGCUUCGAGUGGGACUUUGGACGGAUUGGUUUUACCACCGAUUCCCCCGCCCAUCCCCAUCGCACCGCCAGUGGUCCAGCCCGAAAGAAUCAACAGAAGACCUCCCAGACCAAGCGGCUCCAAUGGAACUGGACGAAAAAGUAAAAAGAACAAAAAUCAUAAUCACUCUAUCAAUGCAACCAAGGACCUGGGAAGGUGGAAACCCACCGACGAUUUGGCUCUCAUCACUGGAGUUCAACAAACUAAUGACUUGAAGAUGGUACACAGAGGGACCAAAUUCUCCUGUCGAUUCACUCUGCAGGAGAUUCAGCAGAGAUGGUACGCUUUGCUUUAUGACUCAGCUGUUUCAAGGGUUGCAGUUCAGGCAAUGAGAAAUUUGCAUCCGGAACUAAUUGCCAGUGUUCAGGCAAGAACUCUGUACAGUAAAGCUGAGGAGGAUCUCUUGGGAACGAUAAAAUCAACGCCACAAGCAACACUGGAAACUUUCCAAAGGCUUUUGGAAACCAACGCCCAAACUUUUUACCCAGCAAGAACAGCCAAAGCCUUGAUGGCCCACUGGCUAUUAAUGAAACAGUAUCACUUACUUCCUGAUCAGAGUGUCCAGCCUUUGCCGCGUUCUGAUGCAGUUAUGAGCUUCUCCGACGCUGAAGACAUGAUAAACGACAGUGAAUUGGCCGAUCAAAAGGAUGAGAUGAUUGACGCUGAGUUGGCCAUGGCGGACAGAAAGAAUAAAAGGGAAAUCAGAAUAUUAGAGAAUGAACUGGGUAGAUGGCAGGUUCUUGUUGACAGUGUUACAGGUGUCAAUCCUCCGGAUUUUGAUAAUCAAACGUUGGCUGUACUGAGGGGAAGACUUGUGAGGUAUCUUAUGAGAUCUAAAGAAAUCACUGUGGGUAGAUCGACAAAGGAUCACAAUGUCGAUGUCGAUUUAACACUGGAGGGACCUGCCUGGAAAGUAUCACGACGACAUGCGACGAUACGAUUGAGGAAUAAUGGAGAUUUCUUCCUGUCUUCAGAGGGCAAGCGUCCGAUUUUUGUCGACAGCAGACCUAUCCUCGCUGGCAAUAAGAUGAAACUUAAUAAUAAUAGUGUAAUUGAGGUUGCUGGCUUGAGAUUUAUAUUUUUAAUAAACCAAGAAUUGAUAUCAGUGAUUCGUCAGGAGGCUGUGAAACUCAACCUGAAUCCUUGAAGAGGCUCAUCUCUCCAUGAAUUUUAUCCGACCACAUUCAUGGGUCGGAAAUCUGAAAGAAAUAGAGUAUUUGUCGUAUACUUCAGUACAUCUUCUAAUGUAAAAAUUAAUAUUAGUUUUGCAAUCUUCAAAGAAA